CAAUUGCAGAUUUCUUGCUGGCUGUUGAGAACAACGUAGAAGUAUUUUCCAGCGUUCAACAUGGUCAAUGCGUUGUGCGUCCUCCUCAUUGCUAUCGUCGGCCUGUCCGCCGUCCAGGGCUUCAAUCGAGGGUACGGCUAUAGAGGAUACGGGGGUUUGUACGGCGGUUACGGUAAUGGAGGCUUGUAUGGCGGCUACGGGUACGGACGGAUGUACGGUGGCUAUGGAUACUCUGGCAUGUACGGACGUGGCUAUGGCGGUUUGUACGGUGGUUACGGUAACACAGGAAUGUACGGUGGCUAUGGAUACCCUGGCAUGUAUGGAGGUCACUACGGAAUGCAAUAUCACCGAUACCCUAGCUUUGGGUACGGGUUUGGAAUGAGGCACUUUGGAAAGGGAAAGAAAGGCUACUACUAAGGAACGGAAGGUCUCGCCUUAUCACCUCACUUCCAG